UUGACCCACACUCGUCACACCUACACCUCAGCUUCACUUCGUCACUUCUAUUUAAUCUGGAAACAUUUUCAGCAAUGCGUGAACUCUAUCGAAGAACCGGGAGAAGAUCUGAAACUCUUCAGAUCAUGUGACGAUCCAUGGUGUUUCGCCUUUCUAACAGCGGAGGCCGAUGGAGGUCUAACAACCGUACAUCGUGGAUGCCGAUCACGGAAGACAAUGAUGCAUCAUAUCUCUAAGGACCAAGAUGCGAAGUUCAAAAAUAACACAAAAUGGACGGAAAGUGAGCGUUUUGUUAAUACGCCAUCGUGUGCUGAUAUCACAUGGGAUGUGGACUACAACAAUGGCACUCAGUCUAUGUGCCUUGACUUUUUGUACCAGGUAUGUUACAUUGGGGCCAAAAUGUCGUGUUUUCUGCGUCUCUGCUUCCACUCUCGAAUAGCAUUCUUUCUUCGGUAG